AUGCAUCCCCACCAUAUCCUCGCCUCUCUUGCUCUUGCGCUGCCGGCCUUCGUGAGCGCCUCCCACACCACGCUUGGAUGCUACUCCGAGGUCCCAGAUCUGAAGGGCGAUUCCACAAACAUCUUCCAGGCCUACGGCCAAUGCUUGAGCCAGUGCACCAUGGCCGGCUAUGAGAUUGCCGCAUUGAGUCAGGUUUCACACUGCGCCUGCAGCAACACCGUUCCCCCAGACUCGGCCAAGGUUGACGACGAGGAGUGCAAGACCCCUUGCCCCGGGUAUCCUAGCAAUUAUUGCGGCGGCGACGGCACCUUCAUGGUCCUCAGCACCGGCCAGUAUGCCGUCCUCUCCGGCUCGGAUGACGGCUCGACUGCUACGGCAACUGCCGUCACCGCUGCUGGCGGCAUAGUCGUUGCUCCCACCAACAUCAACCCGACCUCCAUCCCAACGAGUAUUCUGACUGCACCAAGCUCCAUUGUCUCCAGUGCUAGUGCUCGCGUCGCCGCCUCGAGUUCUGCGACCUCGGCCAUCACUGCCGCCAGCUCGAGCGCUUCGCCGUCACCUACCCUGAAUGCUGCCGGUUCGCUGCGCGCCGGCUCGUCAUUGGCUGGAGCCCUGGUUGCCGGUCUGGGUCUGCUCCUGUAA